AUGGUCGCCGCUAAGAAGCACAUCCCUAUCGUUAAGAAGCGCACCAACCGCUUCAACCGCCACCAGUCUGACCGCUUCAAGUGUCUUGGUCAGUCUUGGCGCAAGCCUAAGGGAAUCGAUAAUGCCGUCCGCCGCCGUUUCAAGGGCCAGAUGGCUAUGCCCUCUAUCGGUUACGGUUCCAACAAGAAGACCCGCCACAUGAUGCCCUCCGGCCACAAGGCUUUCCUCGUCCACAACACCAAGGACGUUGAGCUCCUUCUCAUGCACAACCGUACUUACGCUGCUGAGAUCGGCCACGCCGUCUCUUCCCGCAAGCGUGUCGAGAUUGUCGAGAAGGCCAAGGCUCUCGGUGUCAAGGUCACCAACGCCAAGGGCCGUGUCACCACCGAGGCAUAA